CAGCGAGCCUGCGGGAUAACUCGACGAUACCAACCAACAUCAUCGCCUUCCCGCAGCCGUUGCUCCCGCUUAACAGAAUCGGCGAAGCCAGCUCGCGAACUUCCUGCCAUGGCGCAACCACAGUCGCAGGUGCCCCAGGCGCCGCCCCAGAUGUCGCAUGUGCCUCACAUGCAGCAAAUGCAGCAAAUGCCACAGAUGCCCACGAUGCCGCCGCGUCCGUCCUACUCGCCGCCGCAGCACUCGCCCUCGCCCGCGGGCACCCCUCAGCCCGGAUUCGCGAAUCCCCCCAACAAGCGACCGCGGACGUCGCCCACGUCUCCUCCGCCGGCGCCGCAGUCGCCCUACGCCGCGACGCCGUACGCCGGGAGCCCCCAGAUGUCCGCUGCGUCGCCAGCUCCCACUCCCGCUGCCGCGCCCCCGCCAGCGCCCACCCCGAGCUACUCGAAUCCUGCCGCACCGACUGCAGCGCAACAGCAGUACACGAUGCCCUAUACAAACGGCAAUUCAACGCAGUCACCUGCCCCGACGCCCGCCCUUUCUCUUCCCGAAACCCGGCUGUCGUACCCUAACUCCCCUUCCGCACCUGCCGCACCCGCCGCACCAACCCCGCCCAGUUCGCAGCAGUACACGACAGCGACCAUGGCGCCUAUCGUUCCCCCGCCCCCUCCGAUGCCCGGCGCCAUGGGUCCUCCGUCAAAACCGUCGGCGAAGGAACCGUCGGCGAAGGAAUCGGCGAAGGACUUCGAGUACGACGUGAUCGACUCUCUGGCCGGCACCGGCAUCGACCUCCGCGCCGAGGAGCAGUUUCUGGCUGAGUUCUACGGCGGCACCUUCGCUCAGGAGGCAAGGACCGGCGCACCCGCGAACCCCCCCGGAAGCAAGGGCUCCUUCUAUGGCGCUGGCCUGGCAAACCAGCCGGGCGAACCCGUUACUGCGCUCAGCCAGGAGGCCUACGAGGCCGAGGUGGCUCGAAGGGCCUGGGAUGAAGCUGCCCGCCGACUUGCUAUCGUGCGCACCUUUGAAAUCACGAAUCCGUUCCUCAUCAUUCCGAACUUGCACCACCGCGUCGAGAAGAUCGCGAAGGAGCACGGCCUGGGUCUGAACCUGGAGCUGAAGAAUGCGAACCAGGCGGGAAAGAUGAGACCUCCCCAGGAGUUCCCCCCUCCGAAGGUCACGGUCAGCACGAAGCUCGGUCCCGACGGCGCCAUCGUGACGACCACUGGGUCUUUCAUCCCACACGACGCAUACCUGGUCGAUCAGCUGGCGCUCCUAUCCAUCGCCACGAAGCACCGGCUGAGAAACUUGAUCGAAGAUGCGAACAGCGUCGCCACCGUCCGGCAGACGACUUCCCACGGGGAGAUCCCCGAGGAAUGGGCCGACGUCGCAGUGCCGCUCCGGACCGGUCUGGAUUCUCUUCCCGACGGCCCCGACGGCGCUGCGAGCGCGAAUUCCCGCAAGCGUUCCUUUGAUGCGUUCGCCCAAGGCACAUCAUCCAAGGCCGGCAAGCGCGGCCCAAGGAACCUCAUGGAAGCUGUGCGCGACGGCGCAAAAGUCGACCGCGAUGUCGAGGAAGCAAGGCUGCGGAAGCGCCAGAAACGUCUCAAUCCCGAGCCCGCCCAGAGCGGAUCCCGCGCCGGCUCCGUCGCCCCCGGGACCCCCGCUUCCGGAGCGGCUCCCGAGGCCGAGACUCCGGCGAAGGCGCCCUCGAAGAAAGAACUAAAGAAGGGCGCUGCCGCCGCGAGGUUAGCCGAGGCCUCCAGCACGGCCAGCACCAAUCAGACGCUCAGCACUCUCAUGGGCGGCUUCGGCCGUAAAAAGAAAGAGUACUCGUGGUUGCAGAAAUCGGGCAGCGGCCCGAGCACGCCGAGGGCGACUGCGGGAGAGCCGAGCACCGCGGCGCCGGGAGCCACCCCUAGAGCGCCGGAGAGGGCGCAUCUUACACCGGACCCGCGGAACCCCCGGCUCGGCACCUGGCGCGAGGACAAGGAGAAAGGGAAGAACAUCCAGCUCCGGGACUGGGUAACAGCGCUGGAAAUGGACGGUAUCGAGACCAGGGCCAUUCAGGACGCCUAUCUCAAGCUGGACUCGUCGGGCCCCAAAGACAGGAGCUAGAAGCGCCCGCAGCCGACAGGUCAUCCGCUGCCGUAAUCACGGUCUUGGGUCGACGAGCCCGCAAGCAGCACGGUGGAAACGCCGGCGCGAGUAUAUUUUUGUCCGUCUGUCCCUUCAGUCGUGCGACACGCG